UGGCCAUUUCAUGGGAUAGGAAAACAUAAUAGAGUACGAUUCAUUUUGACCGAAAUUAAGGUAUAAAGCGACCAAAAGGUCAAAGUUGGAGAGUCAAGAGGCGGAGCUGCCUAGAGUUGAAAGAUGGCGGAUAAAGAGAAGAAAAAGAAGGAAAGCAUAUUUGACCUGUCGAAGUACAUCGAUAAGACGAUUCGAGUCAAGUUUCAAGGGGGUCGAGAAGCAAGUGGGGUUCUGAAAGGCUUUGAUCCACUUCUGAAUCUGGUACUUGACGGCACUAUUGAGUACAUGCGAGACCCAGAUGACCAGUACAAGUUAACCGAGGACACGAGGCAGUUGGGCCUGGUCGUGUGUCGCGGGACGUCCGUGGUGCUCAUCUCUCCGCACGACGGCAUGGAAGCCAUUCCGAAUCCGUUCGUUCAGCAGCAAGAAGGGUAGUGGGCGUGCCCCGACCUUUUUACAGUCUCUGGCCCCGACUCCCGCGAGCCAUCCGUGCAUCUAUGACCUGUGUGAUGCCAUUGUGUUCUAACGGACAAAAUUCGAGACCCCUUUCAAAAUACAUUUUAAUUUCCUCAGUUUUUAAAUUAUGAUGUUCACAGUGACACCAACACAAUGGUAGAAGUUGUGGAGGGGAGUAAUAAAGUAAAUAGUUUACAAUUUUUUGUUUUUCCAAGUUGUGGGAAGGCCUGCCCAUGUUUUGUGUCUGAGGGAAUGUCAAGUGAACACAAUGUGUAAUGUUAACAUCUCAUCUGCUCUUGUUUUCCUAUUUAAAAAUGAGUUACCUUAGUUUAAGUGGUUUAUCACUGUUAGCAGAACCAGAAUAGCACUGGCAUAUGAUGUUCAGAAUUGAAACGGGGCAAUAAAUUUCUUAUUUUUUGUUA